CUAAAACCCUAUAAUUUUUUUAAAAAAAAUACUAAAACCCUAUAGCCCACACUCACGGACUCACAACCGAGCACUAAAGCCGCAACCUGGUCGACGGCGUUCGCGGUAGCCCUUCGCACUCCAUAGCAGGAAUAGAUCCUUCUCUCUUCGCGCACUUGCAAAUUUACGGCAGCAACUCCUCUCUGCACACUCGCGUUUCCUCGAUCAACAACAGGUGUGAAAAUGGGGUUAUCUGCCAAGAAAUCUAGAAAAAGAGAAAAAAGUGACAGUGAUUCAGAUGACUACAAUAAUAUGGAGUAUGAAGAGGUGGAGGAUGAUUAUGAUGAUGCUGGUGAGGAGGAGGAUGAAGAGGAAGACGAGGAAAAUGUAACAGAUGAUGAAGAUGGGACAUCAGAGUAUAGUGAAUGGAAGAAUGAUGAGAUGGAACAGCUUGAGAAAGAGUAUAGAGAUCUUCAUCACCAGGAAAUAGAUACUUUGAAGAAUUUGAAGCAUCAUAAGGACGAAGAUCUUCUUAAGGGUCAAGCUGUGAAAAGCCAGAAGGCCCUCUGGUACAAAAUUCUUGAGCUUAGGUUCUUACUUCAGAAGCCAUUCUCAAGUUCAAAUCGAUUACCCCAGGAAUCAAUCAAGUCUAUGUUCUGUGAAAAAGAUGAGACAAUUAGAGAAGCAUAUUCAGAUUUGAUGACUUCGUCCAAGGAGACAUUAGAUUCUAUACUUGAACUGCAAGAGGCUCUGUCUGCAAAGAAUCCAUCAAUUACCCAAGCUACAAUUGGUUUAGAAGGGUCAUCAAAAGAUUCAGAAGUUUCCAAGCAUUUGGAUGACAAUCUCGAUCAGGAGUGGUCACAGAUUUCACAGAUGCACAAGAGUAUAGCAUCUUUCAGAGACAAGUCAAUCAACAAAUGGCAGCGGAUGACACAAGUGACUACUGGUGCUGCUGCCAUUAAGGGCAAAUUACAUGCUUUUAAUCAGGAUAUCAGCAAUCAAGUUGCUGCUUAUAUGAGAGAUCCAAGUAGAAUGGUCAAGCAGAUGCUGCUGAGAAGAUCAGCUGUUAAUAUAUUUGGAUCUGAAACUCAUAUUGGUGGUAACCCUGAACUUCUGGACGAUUCUGAAUUUUAUCAACAAUUGUUGAAGGAAUUUUUUGAGACAGUUGACCCUUCAUCAUCUGAGAAAGCAUUUUAUGCUUUGAAGAGAAUGCAACCAAAGAAAAGAAAAAUUGUUGAUCGUCGUGCCUCAAAAAGUCGCAAGAUAAGGUAUAAUGUUCAUGAAAAGAUAGUAAAUUUUAUGGCCCCACUACCUGCCAAUAUUCCUCCUAUGGCUCCGAAGUUGUUUGAGAAUUUGUUUGGAUUGAAGACACAAAGAUCUUCUGCUGCAGCCUCAUAAUAAUGGUUGGCAGACAAAUAUUGGCCUUACAGUUUUGCCCUGUCUUUAUAUAUGUUGUACUAAUAUGCCUCCUACAUGUUGAUUAAUGAAGAAUUUGAUAUUUUCCCCCUCAGGAGACUAUUUCUGUAAAUCAAUUCAUUUGCCUCAUUUCUUUGGUGUUCAUGUAUGAUGGGAACCUACCCCUUGGCUCUAAUAUAAUAGAUUAUAGUUCCGAAUUUGCUUUAACAUUUUAGUUUUAAAAUGCGUGUUUGCUACCAUGUAAUAGAUUAUAGUUCAAAAUCA